CAUUUCUCUCUUUCUUCCCUGCCUUCUCCCCUGCCUUCUCCUUUCUUUCUCCCCCCUCAGCCAUAAUUUCCAAGGUGCCCGUAGUUCAAUUACUAGUUCAUCCAGCAAUAUCUCCUCUGUAAUCGAAAAUACUCUCUUUCUAUUAUUCUCGUUCUCACCUUCGUCCCCUCUCUUAUUCCAUUUAAUCUCUUCACAACCUAACACAUAUGACAAAGCUAUGGCAAACUGUACAACUAGGACAGCAUACUUUUGACGUACAAGCCCGCUUAGGGACGACACAGACAAACGGUGAGGCAUUUGUGCUGCUCCAAGACGUCGAUGAGGUCUUUCCGGGCGUCGUGCGACUGCAGGUUGGCAAGCGUGUGCUGGGAUUCAUGGUCAAUGAUGAUGGAAACAGACUGCAGCCGCUUCGAGUCCCAUAUAUGCCAGGAGAAACCCUUGAAGCCGUAUUAGCAUCUAAUAACUCAACAUCACAAUCUCCACCGCCAUCUGCGGCGUAUCACAGCAAAGCUCACGAACGUUUUGCAGCGGAAAUGGCAUUGCCACCCCGUCAUUCUGAUAAACCAUAUCGGCUUAUUGAAAGAAAUUUAUAUUUACCAGACCAGCUGAGACGCCUCAGCAGCGACAGCAACAUAUUUAAUCCAAAACUGGGUACGGUAUCUCCUUCAUCCCCACAGUCACCACAGUUACCUCUGCCGCCACAAUGGCAACCAAUAGAGAGGCAACCGGAACGAAGACAAGAUAUCUCGCUUCAGUUUUCAUCCAUGUGGCAAUUGGACAAACAGCCUCUUCAAGUCAAACAAGGAUUAGUCUCGCAAUUGCAGAAACAAUGGGGGCUUGAACAGGAGUUGAUGCUUAGACGACAAUUGCAACAAUCGAUGGAGCUGCCAUCCUCGCCCACAACUUUAUCGCCCUUCAGGCCACAUGAGCACCUGUCUAUUUAUUCUGCCAUUAAUGCAAUUACAGCGCCAAUACCUGUCCCAAGCAUCACAGAUGUCCCUCAAUCAAUAUCAGAUGAUGAUGAAGAAAUCCUUUCACAAUAUCGCCAAUCUGUGUUACUUUAUCAGUCCUAUUUGGAGCACAUACAUGCGGGACAAACAGAAAUGGCUGAUGCAAUAGAUCAGGACUUUCAGCUGCACUUCGAGACCCUCCGGCCUAUUAUGGUCAACCAUCUAGAUGUCCAAGACAUCAUGGUCGAUAUGAAGCAGAGUAUACAGCUUCUUCAGGAGCAAAAAGUGGAGCGGCUCACCUACAUACAACAACGCAUUCGUGCUAUCUUGUCAAAUAAUAUAGAAAUACACCUACAGCCAACUCCACGAUUAUUCAUCAUCUUGCCAAAUGAUAUCAUUCAGGAUAAAGCGCCUUCGACAAUAAACCAGUUCCGACUCUAUUUCCUGUGUGAAUGCGGAGAUCACACCACACAGGCUGGAUUUCAUAGCAGUGCUGACGAUCAGAUCAGCAGCAGUCCCGGUAGCCCCUUGACUGGGAUAAUGAAAAAGUUCACAAUGAGUACAAGUAGUAUCAACAGUAGUUGCAGUGGCAAUGGAAGUGCCAGUAUUAGCACCACGCUCAGUAAUGGCGGCGGACGUAAUAGCGGCAGUGGGUGGCUACCGCAGCACAUCCAUCUUGCAAAACAUGAAGGAUAUGAAUUGGACAGACCAAUAGAGUUUUUAGAAAAUUACGGGCACUAUGUCCUCAGCCUACUGGAGAUGCUCAAGUACGGGGUCAGCAUUGAGGAUUUCACCGUCCCGGCACUUGUACCUUCGCAAGCCAGCAUUAGCGAUAAUGCCAAAGGGCGCAGGGCCUCUAUCGAAAGUAAUUUGGGGUCUGCAGUCGAACAGGCUAUAAGUUUCCUGCAGAGUUGGGCCGAUCUUCAUAGUCAAUCCAGUACCAAUAACGAUGGCCACCACAAUAAUAACUUCAGUGGCUCUGAGCGGCGCCUUGAGGCAGCACUGUAUCCAAAGGUGCGAUUGGAUGUCAAUAAGCUGAUACAACUGAAGGAUUACUUGAAAACAGAGAAUGAAAAAAGUAUCCUGGGCAAUCUCUAUAGAGUCGUAACGGAUGAAGGGUAUGUAAGAUGGAUCUGCUUAGACCAUUACCGUGACAACUUCAAUAGCACAGCUAUCAAGGAGCUUCAAGUCCUGGUAGCAAUCGAGGGCGGCUCAUUUGAAGAACGUUACGGCAGAAUUGAAAUCUCUCUUACGACACCAUCGGAUGCCAGUCAGUUCUAUAAAGCACUGGAACGAGUGAGAUCGGUUCAGGAACUCGCAAUAACACUUAAAUGGGAGCUCAGCUUCACAGAUGCAAAGGCCUUACGAGAUGCUAUUACUCGAUCGAGCGCUGUUAUUGUGCAGCUUAAUUGUACAGCUUCUAAUUCUGCCGGAGAGAUGCUCAAUCGAAACAAGCGAGCGGAGCCAUUCUGGCAGAUCAUGUCGCUCCCAAGGCUGCGCUCCUUCUCACUCUGUGGAUACUCUGGCCUUUACAGACGAAUCAUGUCUGAUGUCCCCAAGAAUGCGCUUCGGGUGCUUAAAUUGGGUGAGGAGGUUGACUGGAGCAAAGAUAAGCUCCGGAUCGUCGAGCUACUAGCGAUGAGUCCAGAGCUUACCGACUUGACUUUAGUCAGCACGAAAAUCUAUGAGGCCUACCAUAUCAUUCGACAGGAAGCUUUAAAGAGAUGCCCACUUCUGUCUAAGAUUACUGUGGAGGCUAGCAAGGAUGAAAAGACAGUAGCUUACCUUGAGCAUGGACAAGUGCUGGUUGGAAUGGAGGUAGUCAUCCCAAGCAUUGGAGCCCACAGCCGCCUCUUUGACAACAUAGUCUGUAUUACCUCCAUCCAUAUCAGUUCCCGAGCUAGCUAUACAGCUGAUAUCAAGGUAUUUCUAGAGCUCAUUCGCCGGAACAACGCACUGUCAGAGUUCAAGGUUUGGUGCUAUGUUUCCGAAUUUCUCAGCUUCUAUGAUUCUAUCCGACGUGCCGUCAUGGAGACCAAGGAUAUGAACCAAUCCCCGAGCCUUCAAAAGGUGUGUCUGUAUCGUGGAGAGAACCAGCUAUUCACGACAGACAUCAUAGAUCCAGAGGCAGUCACUUUAGAGCUGUUGCAACUAAAUGUACAUAAAGGAGCCUUACUUCAACUGAUCGACAGGUUUGGCUCAAAGGUCACAAAGCUUAGAAUUAACGGACCACAAUGGAAAGCAGCACACUCAGCCGCCUUUCUAGAGUCAAUCACAAGAGCGUCACUGUUGAUAGAAAGAGUAUCAGCAAGGUUGCCGUCAUUAUCGGAUGAGUCUUCGCAGGCUAUCGGGGAUGCACCUCUUCGCCCUAGCUUGACACAUCUGUAUCAGGCUGUUGGAGAAGUGGACGAGAGCAUGCUAGAAGACUUAGCUGUAGUAGUCAAACACUCGGAGCAACUAAAGGAAUAUCAUAUCACAAUGGACCGGCCAUUUAAAACAGAUGUACAUCGGUCGAUGCAUUGGAUUGAAUUCAUGAAGUCAGUUAGUGACAAGAUCACGUCAUUGGUGAUAUGGCAACCGAAUGGCGACGACUGGGUGAAUGCAUUUGGGGCUCACCGGUUUGAAGCCCUUGAAAAUGUAACAUUUGAACAAUCCACGCACAUCACCCAAAACGACGUAUUCCUAAAGCUCAUGCACACUGGGAUGGUGAAUGAAGAAACACAGAGUAGAAAUUCUUUUUCAUGAUUCCUUAUGAAAAAUAACUGUACCUAAUAAAGCACCU